AUACGAAACUGUUGGAAGUAUUUGUCCUUGGCAAGAUGGAGACCGCCGCAAAGGGUAGUGGUGUCGAGGUAGCAAAACCAUCCUUUAACUGGACCAAAUUUACAAAACUUUUCAGGUCAGAGGCAGCUUUGGUGAGGAGGGAAAUCCUAUGCUUUGGUGUUUUCACUUGUUUCUUCUAUGCAUUAGGAACAAAGUACCAUCAGAUUGGUGUCCAUUUCUUCCAUCCUAACCCUUCAAAGUGGACAGAUGCAGAGCUUGGCAUUCCCCCAGAUAACGAGGACUAGGAAUAUGUUGGCCACUGGCCAUUCAGACAUUGUAAAUACAGGCAACAGAGUCACUGAUGCUCAUUUAGUGAAUUAUAGUAUGGAUGUGACAUUUAACAAACACAGCUUUUGUGAUAUUUGAAAAUAAGAUUACAUUAAAAAAAAUUAUACAUUG